UUCUCGUUUCCAUCUUUCUAUACAAAUUCAUGGCCGUUUGAUGGAGAAAAUUUUGUUGAUUCCAUAAGUUUUUAUGUUGUAACCGAUUGGUAUGUCGUUUGUAAGGUAUGGUCAAGGCGUAAUCAAUUCUCUUUCUAUCUGAUUAUGCCUGAGCCUUUUGUGUUUUUUUCCUGGGUUUCUGUCUCUUUCAUCAAUAACAACCAAGGCUGAGGAAAACCGCUAGCAACCUUGCUGGGAGAGUUGGAACUAAUAUCCAGCUGUCUCCCACGAAGCUUUUGUCGCCGGAGUUCAAUACAAAAUGGGAACAGCUUUGAUCAUGUUUUCAUGCUUGUACAUCCUUGGAAGGAGCAUGAAGUUAGAAAAGCAUCAUCGAAUGACGUUGGAAAUUCAGUGGAAGUUGAACAUGGGAAAAAAGAUAGGACAAACUUAGAAAAGAUUAAAGAAGCCUCUGAGGCCGCAAAUAAUAGGAGACAGUUUGGGCAUGAUGGGUCAAAGGGGGAGCAGAUUGGAUUCAGAGAGAAAGUAGGCUUACAGAAGGAAGAAAGGGAAGAAAGUGCUGAUAAAGGUCAAGGCUCAAGUUCAAGCUUGGAUACGUGCAUUACCCAAAUAAAAUCUAUAAAGGAAAGGCCUAUGAAAAUGGCAUCCAAGUUGUUGAUUUCUGAAGUAUCUUCUUUUCAUGCUCCUGUAUCUGUAAAAAUGAGCAACCAGUGUUCUGAAAGGCCCACUUCAGCAGAUACUCCUCCCCUUGCUGUCUCCUCAGGUGUCUCAACCUCACUGAAUCCUGCUCUGGAUGUGACCUCAGAAUCUUGUAAUAGUUUGGUUGUAACAUCAACUGAUACAGUUUCUUCUCAUGGUUCAGAUUCAUAUAAAACUGCUAAAGAAUUCAAGCUCAACCCAGGAGCAAAAAUAUUCUCUCCAUCAUUUACAAACACUAUAUCAGCAACUCCUGCUGUGCCUUCAGUUGCAAGUAUGGGAUACAUACCAAGUACGUCUCCUGCAGUACCUGUUGCUGCUGGUCAGCCAGAAGUUGGAAUGGGUCCUUUUGCAUCACAUUCGUCUUUACCUGUUAAAGUUGUCCCAUAUGGUAAUUUCACAACUGGGAAUGGUGGCACCGGUUCACAGUUUUCACAACCUAUUGUUGGACAUGUGGGAAGCAGGACACAGCCCCUUAGAUAUGCAGGACAGCAUCCGCUUCAGGCUGGACCUGCCUAUGUGCAUCCAAGUUCUCAAGCUGUUAUGGUUGGUGGACGUCUAGGGCAGCUUGUCUAUUUGCAUCCUGUUUCUCAAGAGUUGGUACAGGGUGUCACGGGUAUUUCACCUCUAUCUGCGCGUCCUGUUAUGCCUCCACAGCAGGUCCCUUUUCCAAAGCACCAGGGAAUUGCAGCUGGCCAAGCCAUGCAGCUAUAUGUACCUCCACCAUUGGUUGGCUGGUGGACAGCAACCUUUUGCAAUGCCAUAUCACAUCCCGAUUUUGCAACCUCCCUUCCCUAAUAGUCGCCCCACUCAAGUUCCAGGAUCUAAUAAUACUUACGGCUCUAAGUUUUCGUAAAUAUUAUAUCUCCAUCAGAGUAUAUCAGGCUUUUUUUGUGCCUAUUCUCAUUAUAGUUCCCCCAUAAUUUUGGCCUUUUUUCCUUUGUGGGUUGGGAAGAGUCUGUUAUAGAUGUUUUCAUUUAAAGUGUCAUCUACCAUGCAAAGAAAUAGGGUGGGAACUUUUUGUAGUGGUGGUGAGUUUUGUAAGACCUGAUUAAGGGGUGAAACUUCAAUAUUUUUUUGAAGAAUGUUUUUUAGGGUAACAUUUUUUUAUUUUUUUAUUUUUUUAUUUUUUAUUUUUUAUUUAUUUUUUUGUUUUUGGGUAAGAGAAAGAGGGUUACAUGGCUUUUCCAGAAUUCAAAAUUUUGUCCCCCCCUAAAAAAAAAAGGUGAGGAUGUACAAGUAGUGGAACAUAUGGAAAAAGGGACUUCUUGAUUCUUUUGAUUUGAUAAUAUGAUAAUUCAUAUCUUCUAUUGUGAUUCUAAUGGAUGUUCUAGUUUUGCAUGUUGUGGAAAAUCUGGGCCCACUGUGGAUGUUUCAAAUGCAGGUUUGGUUGGAGUUAUCGCUUUCUCUCCCUACACACAUAAAGGUUCUUCGGCUGGGUUGUUGACCGAUGACCCUGUUAAAAGCUCUCUACUGGGACGUGUUUGCUGGUUUAUUUUCAGUUUUGCUAGUAAACUCUUGUUUGGUUUUUUGCCAAGCUUGUUUACAGAAGAAAAGUUGAUACCAAACAUGAGAAAUAAAUUUACAUGUCAAACAUGUAAUUUAUUAGGAAUUCUUUUUUUUUUUUUUUUUUUUUUUUUUUUUUUUUUGGAACAGAAUUUUGGU